CAAUGGAAUGAUCCGCGACUGAAGUGGGACAGAAAUCUUUUUAAAGACAUCAACCAAGUGUCUAUACCCUCGCAGAACCUCUGGCUGCCGGACGUUGGUGUAAUGAAUGGAAAGUCUAGUGCCGACUUUGAUUUCAGUGCAGGUACGCGAAGCCGAUUGAAGGUGGAGAACGGAUCAGUGACGUGGAUGCAUGGCGCCAUUCUUGACAUCACCUGUCCGUUGGACGUCUCCUUCUUUCCGUUUGACUAUCAAACGUGCUACCUGAUCUUGACUCCUUGGAAUAGUGACAUUCAGCAACUGCUGCUUGUGCCCUAUCAACAGGGCUCAACCGUGGAUAAUGAAUUCCUGCCCAACUCGAACGUUAGCGAAUGGGAAAUACAGGACGUCAAAUUUCAACAGAAGUUGUACACCGACGACAGCAACUCGACCUACCAGUACAUCAGCAUUGCCAUCCACCUGAAACGCCAACCCCUCUACUUCAUCGUGUUAGUGCUCGUGCCAUUCUCCAUGCUUUCAGUGUUGGCCUGCUUGAUAUUCACCCUCGACGACACCGGUGACCGACUCUCGGUGGCCGUCUCCCUUGUGCUCAGCAUGACAAUGUACGUCGUGAUUGUCUCCUCAAACGCUCCAAGGUCGAUGCGAACUUUACCAGUGCUGGGUUGUCUCGAAGGCCUACUCAUUUACGAAAAAGAUAAUGUCGUCGAUUGCUCUAGCAAAGAUAAGAUUGCUUUAUCGACAAUCCCAUUAAAUAAUGUGAUAUAA